CCUCAGCGUUCCUCCUCCUGUGAACCGAGCGGAAAGCAAACGCUCGUCACGUCGUUUCUCUGUCAUCAAACGUCUGUGAAUCUAAACUGAACAAACUCGCGGGUGUCGCCAUGUCCGCGCGUGGAACGUUUGUCUGCGUUAAAUCGCGUUUCUUCACCUUUUCUACAAGUUUCCACGCGAUAUGAAGGCAACGCGCGUGAUUCGUGUGUCUCAGAUUUGUGCGCUGAAUCAUCGCUGAAGACGCGGAGUUCGCGUGGAAUCAAGAAGUAAAUAACGUCCAUUUAUUGUUUGUUUGUUUUUUUAGCUGCGACUUCACUCGAGUUUUGUGAUUCUGAUUUAAAAAAAUGGCGUUUUUCGUGAAGAAGAAGAAAUUUAAGUUCCAGACUCAUCUGACGCUGGAGGAGCUCAGCGCUGUGCCUUUUGUUAACGGAGUUCUCUUCUGUAAACUCCGGCUGCUCGACGGAGACUUCGCCGCUACUUCAUCCAGAGAGGAAGUUCAGGAAAACUGCGUUCGCUGGAGGAAGAGAUUUACGUUUGUGUCCAAACUGAGCGCCAACCCUCACACCGGCGUCCUGGAUCCGUCUGUGUGCAGAGUGUCCGUCAGGAAGGAACUCAAAGGAGGAAAAACGUACUCCAAGCUGGGCUUCGCUGACCUCAACAUGGCGGAGUUUGCCGGCUCUGGCUCCACAGCUCGCUGCUGCCUCCUGGAGGGCUACGACACCAAGAACACGCGCCAGGACAACUCCAUCCUCAAGGUGAUAAUCUGGAUGACUCUGCUGUCUGGAGAUCCCUGUUUUAAAACAGCUCCCAGCUCAGCAAAGUCCAUCUCUGUCCCAGGACGAGGACACACCCUGCAGCUGGACUGUAAGGGGGAGGGGACAGCGGAACCUGCUCCUGCUGUCUCACUGGGUCGAUCUGCUAAGCCACGCCCCUCCAUCAUCAGCUCAGGUCUCCUCGAUGAAUCAGAGAUGAACCACAACCAGAACCAGUCUGGAUCUGCAGAAGUCUUCCAGUCUGGUCACUCUCGAAACUCCAGCUACGCCAGCCAGCAAAGCAAGAUCUCAGGCUACAGCACCGAGCACUCUUGCUCGUCCAGCCUGUCUGACCUCACUCACCGCAGGAACACGUCGACAGGAAGCAGCACCUCCGGCCAGUGCUUCACUGACUCACCAGCAGAGGGCGACAAGGACGCCGGACGUCCUGAGAGACCGCUCCGACCCCCGCGGCCCGUCUUACCCCCCAACAGACCGUCCAGGAGGAAACAGGACUCGGUGGAGAAUCAGCCGACCUGGGUCAACGACACCCGCAUGGACGCCGACGACAUCGUGGAGAAAAUCGUCCAAAGCCAGAACUUUGCUGACACCAACCACACUGAAGACAGUAACCUGCGUCUGUUUGUGAGCAGAGACGGGAGCACGUCUCUCAGCGGCAUCAGACUGGGAGACAGAGUGUCUGCAGGUGGAUACGAGCCCGUCGUCAUAGAGAUCCACUAAAGAAAAGGCGGGAAGUGUCACACGUGUGUGGUCAGCUGGUCUGAACGCUGUGACAGGAAGAAGAAAAAGAACAAACAACUCAUCCGUUUGCACUGUGUGUGUGUGUGUGUGUGUGUGUGUGUGGGGUGGUUUACAGACAUCAGUUUCCUGGUGGAAAAGUGGCUAAACUGAGUGUUCAUGUGUUUCACUGAGAGU